AUGGGGCAUUGCACGAGCAAGUCUGCGGGGGGCGGCAUGCGCCGAAGCAGCUUCUCCGGGCAGCUUUACACCAGCUUCCGCGGCGAGGAGGACGGGCGGCGCUUCUCCGUCGCGUCGUCUCCAGACCGGGGCGAUGCCGGCGCGGAUGACAGUGAGUGCCUGCUGUCCCUCCCUCCGAAGCUCCUUCACAACCUCGAGGUCUCCCUCUGGUCGCCGCUCCUGUUCAACGCGAGCGGCUACCACCGGCGCAUGUACUGGUUCGCGGACUUUGGCGACCCGGUCGCGCCGCAGCUCAUCGGGCAGCACGUGGAGGCGCGCUGGGACGCCUUGAAGCACGACUUACGCGCGCAGUCGCAAGCCGAGUGCGUCCGGCGGCUGCCGGAGCUCCCCACGCUGGCCUGGUUUCACCUCCUCCUCUUCUACGAAGCGCGCGCCUCGGAACUACUCCAGAGUCUCACUGAGGCGCUCGUCACGAAUGCGUGGACCCCUGGCGCGCGGAAAGGCGAGACACUCCAAGACGCGAAACGCGGCGACGACGAGGACGCAGAGGCUCCUUCGCAGGCCGAGGACUGGCCAACGCCGUCGCUGUCGCCCGUGAACGAGCUGGCGUCGUCUGGGCUCUCGGCGCAUGCGUCUGACGCGGGCAGCGACGCCGACCGCGGUUGCACCAGAGGCGCGAGCGACAGCGGCUCUUCGCCAGUUUCGCUCCGGCCGCCGAGUGCCAAGAGGAGCGGCAGGGGUCAGGAGGGAGACGCAGCGGCGGAGAGCGCGCCGUCGCGGAAGAUCGCGUUCCUGUCGAACGCCUUCGUGCGGUGGUCAGAGGCCUUGCAUCGCUCCUACCUGCUGUCGCAGCACCUUUCGUGGCUCACCAGCAUCGUCGCGCACGCGCUGACGACGCCCGAGCUGCGCAAGGCGCUCGCUCUCGCGCUCUACGCCUACUACACCGAAGAGCGCCCUCCCCUCGGCCUCCGCCAGCCGCGCGACGAGGCGCAAAUCGACCCGGUCACGCGCGCAGCCUUGCGCGAAAUCAUCCGCGAUCAAAUCGACGAGGGCGCCGAGGCAGGCGCCGGGCAAGCCGACGACUUCGGCGAAGAAGGCCGCGCCGCUGCGGGAUCGGAAUUGUACAGAAAAAGGAGCUCCAGAAUCUUUCACCGUGACGGCGCGCGCCUGGAUACCUACGGAUACCUAGGCCUGAUGCGCGUCGCCGACGCCGUGAAGGAAUACGUUGAAUCCAAGCGCAUCGACUCCGACGCGCUUCAGCUCGACGUGCUGGACUGGGCGCUGGCGGGCUUCGAGUACAAAGGCGUCGUCUUCGUCUUAGUCCACGACCAGGCCUUCUGGUCCGCGGUGCGGGCGGAGUUCCGCUGCUGCCAGGUUCUUCGCGCGGCGGCGCGACCCACAGACGUUCAUUUGGCGGCGAAGUGUGGGCGCCUCUGCGCGGUCGAGGGUUUCGGCCUCCGCGUCCUCGCCUCGCCGCUCAUCCCGCAUUGCAUCGAGCGUUUCCACUACCCGCUGCCAUAUACGGUAGCGGGCGACGUGAUGCUAAAGGUUUUCAACUCGAUUCACAAAGGCAAGCCCGCCAAGUACGCGGUUCGGGUGCCGAAUCCUCAGAACAAGCUGAGCCUCUACGCGCCUCGAUUUCAGACGCUCGCCCCCGAGUCGACGGCGUACUCGGCGGUGACGGAGGAGAUGAUGUCUUUGGGGCCGCCGCAUUUGUGGCGGAUGCUGGUGGCCUCCGCGCCGGCCUCGACGCCGACUCCGUUUUCCUCGGCGGCUCCAAAUUUGAGUGUCCUGUCCUCUCUCUCGCGCUCGCUUCGCGGCGACGCGCACAGCUUAGGCGAGGCGCGCGCGCGGCGUCUCAUCUCCUUCCCUUCGGUCUACCGGCGGCCGUCGGCGCCGCUGCCCGUGGACUGCGAGGCCGGGCGCCCGCCAGAGAUCUACCGCAAACUCUAUCCCUUCUUGGUGGCGGCGCUGCACGACGCGCGCAACGGGAUCUCGCGAAGAUUCCUCUACGACGCGUGGGUCCUGUGGCGCGCGGCGCCCAAGCCUCGCCGCGGCGAGCUCGGUCGGCUUAUAGUCGAAGCCGCCGCCGCAGCCAGCGGCCCUGGGAAGCGGGAGAGCUUUCCGCGGAGGGCCCGCGAGAGCGGCCGGCGGAGUCGAGCCGCGGCCGCGCUCGGCGACAGCAGCGCAGAGGGCGAGGCGCGCAGAGAAGGGUACUCGCACAGCCACCGAACGUCCCUUGUGAACAAAACGAAGCUUGGAAUUGGCAAGGGAGAGGGCGAACCGCUAACCAUCGUGAAGGAGUACGAUCCGCGGCCGACGGAGGGCGAGGGCCUCGCGAACAACCCGCAGUAUGCGCUGAUUUUCGAUGGCGUCUCGUGGACGCGACCGUCAAUCGUCCCCGUGGAGAACGGCGACAUGGAGCCUGUGCUGCGCCUCGCCGCGUCGCUCUUCGGCUGCAGCCAGAACGACUUGCUGCCCUACCAGCCGCUCGACGAAACGAUCGGAGUGGAGAAAGACGACUUCAUCUGGGCGUUCGGCCACCAGUGCUCAAUAUGGACCCUCGCGAAGGGCCCAAACACCGGGUGCGUGCCCGACAUUCGCUCUGCGGGCCGUGCUCCGAAGGUGGGGUCGACGAGCGACUACUUUCAGGUUGACACGAUCGGGCGCGUGGCGCCUCCGCUGGAGGAUUCGGUAUCCAGUCGUGGCAAGAGUGCGCUGCGCAUGUGCCUGCCCUGGGCGUCGGCGAAGUUUGUGAUUUCGCUGGCGCCCCGCGCGGUGCCGAUUCGCCCCGAGAACUACCUGCUUUUCCCGCUGCCGACUUCGGAGGAGGACGAGGCGAAGGGCUCUGCGGGCGCAGCGGGGCCGGCGCUCUUCCCCAGCCUGCCAUCGAUCGCGCGCCGCGCCUCCGCGCUGUCGGGCGGUAGCCGGCGCCCCGCCGAUCGGCUGCCGGCCUCGCGGGACGCCGCUGAGUCGCCCGAGCGGCUGGCGGAUGCGGACUGUCCUCUUGCGCGCGCGUCACUGCCGGCGUCGCCCUACUUUGCGCAGAGCGUCCACCGGCGCCUCCUCGCGGUGCUCCGACAGCGCGUGCCUUUCCUGCGCCACGGCGGGCACCUGCGCAAAAUCGUUCACCACUUUGGCAGCAACGUCGGUCUCACGCUCUGGCUGCUCUGGGCCGAACUCGAUCUGCAUGUCCAUCACCGCAUCCUCCUCGAGGACGCCGAGUCCGAGGCGCGGGAAGCCGCCGCCGCGCGCGCGGCGCACACGCCUCGCGGAGGAGGCGUCGACAGUCCGCGACUCCACGAGGCCGACGCUGCGGGCCGCCGACCGCGCGGCAGCCGCGGCGUCGCCUGGAGCUCUGGCGGAGGCAGAGGAGGCGGCGGACUGCGGAUGGAGGAGGCGCUGCUGCUCCAGCAGGCGGACCAGCUCGUGCGGGAGUUGGUGGCGUGCGAGAUCGUCGCAACCGCCGUCAAACGCGUCGUCAGAAUGUAUACCAGCGAGCUGCCCGAUCGCCCGCUGCCCUUCGUCUACGCGAUUGAGGCGCUGCUCCCAGUCCUCUUCAGACCCGACCUCUGGUGGCGACAAGUCGAAAAGAUGCUGCCAGACGAACGCCGCAACAUGCGGCACCACGAGAGCUGCUUGAUGGUCGCCCUCUGGCUGUCGAUCCUCGAGGGAACUCAAGUCGUGGCGAUGCGUCCCUGGGAAGUGGUCUCGACCUUCAACUCGAUUCUGCGAACGGCGCGGAGCGUUCCCACGACGUUGGCGCACUGUCUGAUGCAUGCGCUGAACGUGGAGUUUUCUUCUUCCUUUCUGUACGUCAUCUCGAUGGUGCCGGAGGCGGAGGCCGAGGACGGCUUCAGCCGAGUCCACGCGCUUUUCCUGCGCGAUCAGCACAUGCGGCGCGCGCGGCGCCUGGCGGAGGAGGUGGAGGAGGGGGAUCGCCAGCGCCGCGGCGAGCAGAGCACCCGUGCGGUCGCGGGGCUGCUCCACGGCAGAGGCCGCAGCCGGAAAGGGGAUGCUGGCCGCGACGCGGAGCGGAAGCGGCUGGCGGCUGCAGAGGACGCAAGCGACACCGACGACGAGCGCGCACUCGUCGAGGCAGCCAAAUCGAGUGCUGUGCGGUCGCUCAACUCGUGCAUUAUGUCGCAAGACGCAGACUCGCUCUUCGACGCAUUUGACGCGGAAGCCGAGACCGAACUCCAGGAGAGAAAAGCGAAACUCGUCGACGCAUCCGUCGACUCAGUCGACGCCGCCACCAGACGCCUCCUCUCCCUGGACGUCAGCGACUUGUAUCAAGUCUCCUCGAUGCUGGUUCGCGCGCACUUCAAGCAGCUCGAGCUGCUGCCGACUGAGGAGGCUAUUUCGACGGAGCUGCUGCUGCUCCACGGUCUCCGCGAGCACAUCACGCCAGAGUCGCUUCUUCUCGAGAUGCGGCGGAAGACGGUGGCCUGCGCGCGGCGGCUCUCAGAGGCCGUUGCGCCGCCUCCGUCUGAAGAGCUGCUUUCGCUCGGCGCGGCGCCGCAGGCGUCGGCGGAGGGGAGGCUGCGGGGCUCCGCGUGGCCGGCGGCGCCGACGAUCUUUGCGCCGCGUCAGGAGAAGUUCGACUCGUUCAUCGGGCGCCUGCUGGCAAGCAACUUGUCUUACGCACACGACUCAGGCAUGGCCCAGUACCGACUCCUCGUCUUUCGGCGAUUCCUCGAGGAAGACGAGCACGCGCGGCGCAGCGACAGAGGCAGCACCGGCUGGUGGAUGGGUCGGAAGGCCAGCGGUGCGCUCCAGAGCUUGCCGCACCGCGGGUCGGUCUUGGGCCUCGUGCGGCAGUUCACUUCCCUGCUCACUGUGGGCGACGCGGCCGCCGCUGUCCCCGCCUCGUGCGGCGGAGGCGGAGCCCAAGGCGGAGAGGCGCCCGGCCGCGACGGCCGCCUCAAGGGCCGACGCGAGCGACUCCCCGAGGUUCUCGACGCCGUCGUGCGCCAGCGGAAGGCGGAGAAAGUCGACAAGCCGCUGCCGGGGUGGCAGCGCGCGGCGAGCGCAUUCGCGGGCGCUGCCGCCGCAGCCGACAGAGAGCGCAAGGAGAUGCAGACUUUCGAAGUCAGAAUCAAACAGAACCUCGACAUGGCUACAGACCUCGACCUCUCAAAAUACCUCACGCCCAUGCAACUCGGCAUGCUGGACGGAUGCAGACUCUUGAGAACUCUCAGCGAGACUGGCUCCAGCUCACGGCUCACGACGCUGUACGCUGGGCACACGUUGCUGACGUGGACGUUGAUUCUGCUCUCGCAGGGCGGCGUGGAGGAGGAGGGUCGUCGGCUGCUGCUGGCGCGGUGUGUGGGCGACUUUGCGGCGGUGGAGGACGCGACGCGGUCGCUGUUUUCUUCGGAGAUUGAGAUUGCGAUUUCGAUUUUGGCUCUGCGCGGCCUGGUGAAUCUCUGGCACGGGUUCUUGGACGCGGCGAAAGACUUCUUCAUCGAGGCCCUGUUGCUUCUCUUCGACGCCUGGGGCGACCCCCGGCUCUACGGCGGCCGCGGCCACCCCUUUCUGCUAUUCCUCUCGUGGACCCUCUGCCAGAUCGCCUACCUCACGCGCGACUGGGCGCUUCUUCGCGCCUACGCAGGCAUCUUCCGCGCAACACGCCUCUUUUACCCCUCCUGCCCGUUCUCGCUGGCCGCGCCCGCGAGCCCACCUGCCGAGGGCGCGCGGCGCGCGGCGGAAACAACGGGCGAGGAGGGACAGGCGCGGCAGGCGCCUCCUCGGAGCGGCGCCGCCGACCCUCCGACCGCGGGCGAGGCGUGCCCAGACGCGGACGGCGACUGGGGCGUGCAGGCGCGUGAGGCUUACGUCGCGUGGGUGCGCGACGGCCCCACGGCGGGCGCGCGCUCCGACAGCCGCGAGCAGGUGCAAGUCGACGCGUUUAUCCGGGGCACGUUGCUGUACAACUUCGCGCUCAUCUCGCAAGAUCUCGUCGCCUGGAUGGCGGCGACUCACCCCGCAAACGGCACAACGUUCAGCCAGACCGUGGACAUCCGGAAGACCAAACAGGCGCUGCAGGUCACGAGGUUCGCCUCCCGCUCCGGCGGGCAGGUUCAGGCUGAGCUGGCUACGGAUGCGCGACACACAUGCGGCGUGGAUAUGGAACUCAUCAACUACGACGGCGGCGGCCAAGUCCCGCAGGCCGCGCUCUCCGGCCGGCUGCUCUCUUUGGGCUCCAAUGUCGCGGGCCAGUUGGGCCUUGGGCUCCCGACAGCGCCGGCGACUGCCGCCGGCGGGCCCGCGUCUACGCAGGCGUCCCCUGCUGGUGGGGCCUCGGCUGCAGGCCAGGCAGGGGCCGAAGGCGAGCUGACUGCUGCAGGCCUGGGCGCCGCGAACCAUGCCACGGAGGAGGGUACAGCUGACGAUGCGCAGAAAAACAGAGAUGGGACACCAAAGACAGAGCCUGGAAGGCGGUGCGCGGACGACGCGGCGCAACGCGGGGUAGAUGUCUGGUGGACGCCGCAGCCCUCGGUAGUCAGCGCGCUGAAAGACGCGCCGGUCAUGUGCUGCGCUGCAGGGUUCUUCCACAGCGCGGCAGUCGACGUCGCCGGUCGCCUCUGGGCUUGGGGCACCAAUGCGGAAGGCCAGAUCGGCGCGAGCUACCAUCACUACGCCGACGUGGUGCGCGGCGCGCGGCUGGAGGAGCUCUCUGCGUUCUCCUGGAACACCCUCGAGUCUGACAUGCAGGACACGCCCGACCUAGACGUUGAGCAGUUUGCGCUCUUCACCAGCGCAGACGUCGGCGGCUGCGAGGCCCCGCGACCUGGGCGGGGGGGCGAAGACUCCGGAAGACAGGCCCGCGGGACAGAUCUGCCGCCUGCACACGGCGGACCAGACACCGACGAGAAUGCAGCUCCCGGCGACGCCGAGGCGGAAAAGAGGGCCGAGGGAGCGCGCUGGAGAGCUUCCCUCUUCGCACGAACGGACGGCAGCCGGAAGAAGAGGCACAAAGGCGAAGGGGAGAACGACGAGGACGAGGAGGGACAGACGGCGCGAGACAGCGCGCAGCAGACGCGGCUGAGUGCAGCGCUCGAGAACCAGAGCCUGACCGCAGGACAGAAGCGACACGCCGUCACGGCCGCCAUCCCCACGCUCGUCAGCGUGCCAGGCGAGCCCGCGGCGCGAUUCAAACAGGUCGCCUGCGGCCGCGACUUCACGCUCGCGCUCACAACCGAGGGUCACGUGUUCGCGUGGGGCUCCAACGCCUUCGGCUGUCUGGGGGCCUCCGACUUCCGGUCGCGGUCACGGCCCCAGGCGAUCGACAGUGCGGCCUUCUCGGUGGCUGUCGCGCAGUUCCGCGGCUUCGAGGACGACGCGCGCAUCGAGAUCGAACCCGCCAAGAUCACAGAAAUCCGCUGCGGCCCUGAUCAGUGCGCAGCCCUGAGCGAAGAGCAGAAUCUCUGGGUGUGGGGUCGCGGCACUUCUGGCGAAUUGGGUCUGCCGCCUGCGUACUUGGCGAUGCUCUGGCACCGGCCCCUGAGCCAGUCACUGGGCUCCACGACCUCGGUCGUGGAGGCGGACCCCGACACUUGGCUGCCUGGGCCCAACAGUCUUCAGUCUUCCCUCGCGGCGAGGCCAAACACGGGCGCGGGCCUUGACGAGGAACACAGCCCCCCGAGAAACCCGAAAGCCUUGGAGCGACGGCGAACAAGCGGAGAGAAAGACGAGGACGUCUUCCACGUCUGGCAAUCGCAGGGUGCAAAGGGCUUGACUGGAUAUUCUGCGAAAAGGAAAAUGGAGCAGCAGGCCUGGUACAGGAGGCUCACACAGAGCGUCCAGGGCUCUCCGCGCAGGAACGGAUGUGUUGCAACGCCCACUCGCCUCCGCGUCCUGCAGUUUGGAAGUCUUGAGCACUUCCAAGAGAAAAUGGAGCAGUGGAACUUGCGAGGCGAGUGGCAAGAGAAGGCCCUGUCUCUGGUGUCUCUGCGCCGAGGCGAAGCCGGAACCGAUGACCUCGUAGCCACCCUCCCCGACGAGCUUCUUCACGAAGUCCCCACGCCCUCUGAGGAGGUUCUCUUCCUCGACAUUGCGUUCGGCGCGUCGCACACUGUGUGUGUAGACAUCUCGAACAACCUUCUCACGUGGGGCUGGGACGGCGACGGUCAGCUGGCGCUCGCGAGGGACGGGGAGGCCAGGGAGGUGCGCUCAGAGACUGCGCUGGCGAGCUGGAAGGCAGAGCGCGCGAAAGACGGGCGACGACGAGACGCUCUGAAGAAGGAAAAGGGUGCGCUUCUCGCCGCGGCCGGCGCCGGAAGAGGCGCGGACUGCGACGACGCGCCGAGCUGCAGAGCGACGCCCUGCUUCCACGGGUGCCGCCUUCUCGAGGGCAAGCGCGCGAAGGCCAUUGCCGCUGGCGGGAACGUGUCCGCGGCGGUCGACUACGACGGGGCGCUGUGGGUUUGGGGUAGCAACGCGGAUGGGCUCCUCGGCGCCCCGCGUGACCAGUUGGCGAGGACGUCUGAGCCUCAGAAGAUCAAUUUGCUGCGGCUUAAGGCGACGGGCGCAUGCAUUUCGCCUGAUGGGCGGCGGCUGGCGGUCUGCACAGACACGGGCGAAGUCCUGACUUGGGGCCGCGAGCGCUUUGGCUCGCUCGGCCUCGCGUCGGUGCCUCCUCUGCGGAGUGCCUCUGCGGACGGCGAAGUCGAGACGCUCCAGCUCGACCCUGCGCGCGUGCCUCUUCUUCAGGGCUACUUUGUUUCCACGGUCAGCCUCGGCGUCUUCCACACGCUGCUGCUCUCGGGCGACCCAGCGGCCGCGGACGCUCCAUGGGCCGCUUCGGGGGGCGGCGCGGGCCCUCUGGCGGUCGGACGUCCCCCGACGGUCGACGGCGCUCACCGGCGCCGGCGCCCCCUGCAGGACUUCCUCGCGACCCCGAUUGCCGCGCAGAGGAGGCGCGAGUCGCGUCGGGCUUCGCCGAGCGAAGCAGCCGCCGCGCCGCAGCCCAGAGAGAAGAAGAACUCGAUCUACAUGGAGCAGCUGAAUGGCGAGGCGAACGUCGAGUAUCCGCGCGACAUGGACGCUGACGCGCUUGCUCCAGGGCCGCUACUGGAGUCGCACGCCGCGCCGGCUUCAGCGUGUCUCGCAGCCUUCAACACUCAGCCGCCGGCACCGCAUCCUUCGCUCGAGAGAGAGAGAGUGCGGAAGUAG